CUUUUUCUGUAUCUACUUUUCACACUUCCCUUUCGCCGCGCAAUCUGUAUUCUUACAUUACAAUGACAAACACGCCAACGCGCAAACGGCCACAGCCGCACAUCGUGGUCGGUCCCCUCCAGGUGCCGACGUCAGUGCGGAUGCCCGAGCAAGUCGAGGGCCAGCCCGCAUCGCUGGCAGGCGACGCAAUCUCCAGGGCCCAAUACAAGCCCACUGUGCACCUGAUAUCAUCGGCAACAGGGAACCCAGCGCCGCUGACCACUAGAUUCUGCUCGGCGCAUGCGUUUGGGCUGGAGAGCCUGUCUAUCUGGAACGACGAAGUUCAGACACGCGAGCAGUGGGGCGAGACAGACAGAUAUGCCAAAUACAUUGCACGACAGCUGGCAGACAACAAUGCACUGACGGGGAAUCUGCACUGGGCGAUGCUGCAUUUUCUGGUGCAUAUGCGUUGCCUGCGCACAUUGGACUUCCUGGGCGAUGUCAGCCCGGUGCUGCGCAAUUUGCAGUUUGUCUUGCGGCUGGUUUUUAAGGGCAUCGUGUCGGCAGGCACUGUGGAUCUGAUCAUGGACAAGUAUGCCGCGCUGGAGGAUGGCGAGGUGCGGUCACACGCGUUCAGACAAGUGCUAGCCGACACACGGCCACUGCACCAACAGGUGCUACACUAUGUGGUAUUGGCAACAGCAUAUGCAUUCCACCAGGAACUGCUGGCCAUGCUGUCAGAUAUUUUUGCAUCUCAGGUAUACGCUGAGGGCGUGGCUGACGCCAGCAAUAUGCUGAUUGACGAGCUGCUCAUGAAUGUCGGAUCAUCGACGGCAUUCAACAUUGGCAGGACGCCGGCGGAGGACAUUGUUGAUGCAUUGCUGCUGUACGUGGGUGAUCCGCCGCCGGUACCAACCGGCCACAGCCUCGUAUCAAGCGCGUACUCGUAUUUCUUUGCGCGCCAGUAUGCGGUGCAGACCAAGAGCCUGGAGCAAGCUGCGCUUGAAAGGGCAGUGGAUGCACCUGAAGGCCGCUCGGUGGACUGCAAGGUGUCGUUCCGCAGGCUGUUUGAGAAGGCAGUUGAGGAGAUCCAGAGCGUCGAGUGGGCAGUGCUGAUCCAGAUCACAUUGAUUAUACCGCUGCUGAAGCGCAUUGCAGCUGCAACAGCACUGCCGAUUCCUGCAGCGUCGUCGCAUGUGCAGCCAGCAAGUACCAGCUCAGGCCACCACCAACGCAAGCACUCGGUGUCGAAGGGCGAGAAAUCAGGAUACUCUGCACAGAAGCAGGCGCCAACCACCAUAUUGACAUACACAAACAGAGCCAGCACAGCACGAUGGUGGAGGCACACAGGGCUAGUAGCACGCCAGCAAGCACUGGCGGUAGCAAUAGGUGCAACGCUGCCGUCGCCUGGAGCGAAGCUCCGGCAAGGCGUGCCGGCGGCAUUGGCGCUGGACACAGUGCCUUCUGGCCAGCAAAUCCCGCACCCAAUGCGGCGACAGCCGCUCUCGCAGUGCAUAGUCGCUGAGGCGCUGCGUGUGCAUGCGCAGGUCCUGGCGAUCCUAAUCAACGUGCUGAAUGGUGCGACUGAGACGCCAACUGCAGUGGCGCAGAAGCUGGUGAAGCUGUUUGAAAUGAUCCAUAGGCGCAGCGCGCGGCUCUCUGGAAUGGGCAGCAUGCUGGUGGGCGAGGAAAGGCAGGAGCUGGAGGUGUACGAGCAGACAUUGGGUGCGCUGCUGGCACUGUUUUGCCGGCUGGCGUACAGCAACAACGCGCAGUUCAUCUACUGUCUUCUGCAGGCGCGCGAGCUCGUCAGUUCGACGGGUCGCGGCGAUGACCGGGGCGUCGUCGGCGUUGCGUAUUUCCAUGCACGGAUUUCGUCAUUGAGCAAUCCGCUGGCCAAGGACAUCUUGGGUGUCAUCCAGUCGGUCGUCGGGAAAGAGGCGCCCGGCAGUCAGCUUGCUGCUGAGGAAGUGCGGGUUGCAGGCGUGGCCAGGGUGGCUCCCGAGAGGGAGUGGACAGGGUUUAUGCUGCCGCUGGUCGGGUUGGUCGCGGUUGAGGGGCGGACGCCGCUGCUGGAGGAGUUUGAGAGCCUGGUGCUGUGAGCAGCUGCAGGUACCCAAUACAUGACAUAAUUGAGAAGUGUGGCUUGGUGGCCAGUGCAUGUGAACUCGGAGUCAUCGGUGAGAAAUCGAUGCUUAUCUGAAUGCACAGUCGGGCCAGGCGAGGCCGGGGGAGCAAUUAGGCUGCAUUUAGAAGAUGCAAGGCUCCGGCGGAGGCGUUUUGAGUGCGGUGCAACAUGGAAAUGAAG